AUGGUGCAAGCAGACAGCGCUGAUCGAACGUUAUUGCAUGGAGCGGCGAAGCACGGUCUGCUCGAGUGUGUGGAAGACCUUCUAGUAAUGGGCGCCGAUCUGGAACGUGUUGAUUGCUGCGGGCGAAGCGCUCUGCACCUUGCGGCUAUCAGCGGCCGUACUGAGGUUGUUCAAAUGCUGUUGGAA